AUGGGAGGGGCCGGGGUGGUCCGCGGCGGGCCGUACGAGGUGCUGGUGUCGACGAGGAACCAGGAGCUCGCGGAACGGAUCAAGUUGCUGUUCGACGACGCCGAGACGAGGCCCGUGGUGUGUCCUGCGGCGGAGUUCGGCAGCUCGAUGGAAGUGCUGACGUUCCCCGGCAUGACGCGUCGCACGGCUCUCUGCCUCGUCCUGGUCAAGGGCGUGACGGCGGACCCCCGCGAGUUCGCUGCAUGGCUCACUGGGCCAGCAGAGAGGACUGUGCUGCGGCACUGCAAGGGCUUCUUCGUCCUCCACGCCGCCGGAACGUGGUGCCCGACCCUCGAAGACGCCCUCAAUGACAUCGCGGCACGCUACCCCAAGGACGUCCCGACGCGCCUCCACUGCUACCCGUUCGCGGCACGGGCCGCCUGGCUCCCCAAGCUCGCGUACGACGUCGGCAUCACGCUCUCGACGCUGGGCGACGCCGCGACGCUCCAGAUCGUCGAGGUUCCCGGGCGCGGCGUGCACUGGUGGGCCGUGCGCGCCGCCGACGCCGCCUGCGCCUGGCGACCCCCCGUCGGCUUCGCUGCACUCCCCCCGGGGGUCUCGCGCGCUGCCGCCAAGGUCCUGGACGCGCUCGCGGUCGCGGACGCGAUCGAUCCGGAGGCGGCCCGCGCCGCGCGGGACGGCUGGGCGAUCGACGUCGGCGCGGCGCCCGGCGCGUGGACGCAGCACCUCGCGGCGCGGUACAAGUGCGUCGUCGCGAUUGACCCGUCGCCGCUCGAGGACAGCGUGGCGGCGCUGCCCGGCGUGGCGCAGGUGCGCGCGAUGGCGGGGCGCGGGUGCCAGGCGAGCGGCGGCGACUGGGACGAGGUGCGCGGGCGCGUGCUGGCCGCGGCGGCGGAGGGGGGUGUUCCGGGAGGGAGUUUGGCGUCGUGCGUGGCGUGCGACGUCAACGCGGUGCCGAACGACGUGGUGAGCGUGCUGCAGCACGUGCUGCCGCUGGUGCGGCUUGGGGGCUUGGUCGUAGUGACGCUGAAGUUCCUGGGGCGCGGCGCCGGGCACGGGAUCGGUGCGGGGGGGCUGCUGCGGGGCCUGGGGGAGGGGUGGGUGGAGCGGGCGAAGUGCGUGUGGCUGAUGAGCAACACGCAGCGGGAGCGGACGAUGGUGGCGUGGCGGGGCGAGCGGACGAGCGCUGCGUGGACGCCAUGUGGCGUCCCACGCAGCGCCGCGUGGACAGCCGUGGACGGCGGAGAGGGGAGUAUUGCAGGGGGGGGCUGA